UAUAUGCCGGGUGCAUUAAUUUGAUUAAUAGAAAUAGUAAACAAACCGACAAUAUAAUAGUUUCCAUAUAGUAGAUACCUAAUAAAUUUAACAAUAGGACCUACUGUUUUCUCACCAUAAUUAAUCAUUUAAGAAUAGACAACAGCUGCGUUUGAAAAUCAUAAUUGAGGAUUGUCAAAAAAUGGCGCGCGUUUUAUUAGUUGCUUGUGUGAUUUUUCUUUUUAAAUGUCCUGAUACGCAAGGGAAGUUUCUCGUGGUACCGGAAGAUGUAGCUAUGCUGUUUACUACUAUAUACGGUUUCGCACCACCAAUACGCAAAGGUAACGAUCACCGCAUUGGAUUCGGGUAUAGCUUUGGGAACCACGCAGAUUUCCAAGUACUGUAUGAAUUAGGACCUCAAACUACUACUAAGGAGUUGCAGUCAAUCGACGUAAGAUCCCAACCACUGUCGGAUCGCAAAAGUCGAAGACCUAUAGUAGAUAUGUUGGUGCGCGCUGGUCUUGUCAAAGAUGCAUCUAAUAACAACAACGUUGUUCACGAUGAACCGAAAUAAUGUAUUUAGUCCUUGCAAAAUAUAAUCGGAGAUCGGGUUGUAAGAACAUUUUUUUUUAUAAUUCGGCCCUUAGUUUAAAAGGUACGAAUCUCAGAUUAUAUAUCUACUACUUUCCUACUACGGGCAAAUGAACGUAACCAAAAAGGGAACGAACCAAACUUCACUUUUCCGAGCAUUAUUUUAGCCAAGAAAUGGUAUUUAAAUAAUUAUUUUGAAAUAAAAACAAACAAAUAUUUGAAAUUAUAUUGUAUUAUCACUCCUACAUUAAUAUAAACAUUACACAUUAGUCUUUUUCGUUCAUGGCAAUACAAUUUUGAACAUUAAAUAAAAAAGUUAUCUACAUUCUUACGAGAAACUUUAAGAAUAACCCGUCUAACGUCAUCACAAACAGACAAUCUUUUACGGUUCUUUGCUGACCAAAAUGUAUCUUUUUCUAAUACAAGCUUAGUAAUAAAACUAUAAAGUUUAUAUA